AUGCCUCGACCUUCGACCUUCGGUCCGCUACUCACGUAUCACCAAACACCCAUCACGCAUUCCGUCCCGCCCCUCAUGCGUAUCAAAGACGAAUCAUAUUCAUCAUCACGUCUCUUCGCAGCCGCUGGCGGCCCUCCGAACGCGACAAGCACAGCAACAUGUCCUCAGAUAGCACCCCGUACAUUCCCAAUGGUCCCGACGUCGGUUCAUGGUGUCACCUCCCGCAGGGCCGGUGGGAGGAUUCUGGAGAGCACUCACCGUGGAAACAGUCCAGCACAAAUCUCUCCUCCUUCCGCUCUCGAACACCGCGACCUCCCUGAUGUUCCAAUGGAGAGGACCCGCGCAAUUCGUGGCCAUCGUCGCGAGCCUCUUAUCGAGCCUCCUCGUCCAGCUGCCAGGACGGAGAACCUGAUUGAUCAUGACCACCCACCACCGAAGCUACCCUAUCGACUUUCCGGUUCGAAGUUGGCACUUGCCGGUCCAUCUGUUCCACAUGUGGCUGUUUCGACGGAAAGGACUUGGAGUAACGAGAACCCUUCACGGCCAGUCGCCCCGACUAAGACGAGGAACCAAAUCCUUCCAGAAGUCCCGAUGGAAAGGUUCUGCGCAAGUCGCGGCCGUCGGCGAGAGCCUCUCUGUACCUCCCCUGGACCCUCCCAGCCAAGCGAAAGUCCAAGCUGCAAGAACAACUCCUCACAGUCCAAUCGGUCUUUCAGCGUUGUCAAUGCCGAGGAGAUCUCCGGUCGUAUUGGAUGUCCUACGGCAGAAAAAUUGAAGAGUGUCCCGAUGGAACGGACCGUUGCCAGAAGCUGUUUCCAUGCUUCACUCCCUCCCUCCAACAAUUUUCUUUUCGGUGAUAGGAAUCGAUUCGAACGCAACCCUGCUAGAGCCUCUCCGGAUCCUCUCACCACAUAUCGCCCUAUCCCUGGACCACUCCAUGGCCGACAUUUCGUUCCCGGAGUUUACCCACAGAUAUCAGCAUCCUCUGGGCCGUUGUGGGCGUUCACUGAGGAGCGACGAUACCGACAGCCGGCUGAACCGGUCGAGAGAGACAGACACAGAUUAGAAGUCUGGUUGGUCGGAGUGGAGGAGGCGAGGACACAAUCGGUGGCCGUAAAGGAGUGGACAGGAAGACGAGGAUGGGAUGCAGUCAGUGGAUUAGAGUCAAAAAGAGGACAACGGAAGAGCGACCGAAAAGAUAAAUGA